AUGUUUACCUCAACUCGCUUAAUUUUAAUUUAUUUGACAAUUCAAACGUGUCAAGCGUCAAGAUUAUUUUAUUUACCAUUACCAAAAUUAUAUCCCCAUGAUCAUUCACAACAUCAUGAGGAAAUAGUUCAUCAUCAACCUGUACAACAGCAAUCAGAUGAGGAGAAAAUAAAAGAACAAGAACAACAAAUAAAUGAAAAACGUGAUGCGUUUCAAUGGGAAUCGUUGGUUGAUGAUAUUGGCGAUGCAGUAAAACGUGAACAUCAUAAAAAUGAUCACUUGUUACCGGAUGGUCUAACAUUAAAUGAUGAUAAUGGAUUAAAAGUGAAUAAACUGACUCCACCAAUUAAAGAAAUAAAUCAUAUUAAUAAUCCGGAUUAUCCAUGGAUUGUCGAUAGUAAAACAGAGAUAUUAGCACGAUUACAGUAUGGAUUAGCGGAAGAAGGCAAGAAAAAACGACGAAAUGACACGGUUUUUCUAGCUAUUGUUGCCACGUGUAGUUUAGUUGGUGUAGUCGGAUUAGUUGGAGCAGCUGUCUUCUGGUACAGAGUACAAAAACGUGCUGAAGCAGCGGCUGAGGCUGAAUAUCCAUCGUAUGGUGUCACCGGACCAUCAAAAGACUCUCGAAUAUCACCGUCGUCAACAAUGUCCGAUCGAAAAUUAGCACAAAGCGCACAAAUGUAUCAUUAUCAACAACAGCGAUUACAAAUGAUGGCAAAAGAAAAGGCACAUAUGGAUCAGAAACCAGUGAAUUCAGAUGAAUCAGAUGAUGAUACGGCUGGUGGAGAUUAUACGGUUUAUGAAUGUCCAGGUUUAGCACCGACUGGCGAAAUGGAAGUACGUAAUCCAUUGUUCAAUGAACCAGAUCCAGCUGUUGCUCUCUCAUCAUCGCCUCAUCAUUCAAUAACAAACCAUCAUCCACAACCAAUCUCAACGACUCCACCACUCUCAACGUCACCGAUACGUGGCAAUGACAAAACAAUGUCAUAA